AUGACCGACCCACGCACCGGCUCCCGCUGGAUCUUGGGCGACAAGUUCGACACGAAACACCCCCACCUUGAAUCCAUCGACGCCCUCUGGAACAAGAAGUGGAAGUUCCCUUGCACACGAAGCCUCUACCCCUUCCACGACGGCAAACUCGAAGACUUCGAACCAAUCUUCGAGACCCUCAUCAAGAAAGGCAUCCACGAUGGCUAUAGCGUUGAAUACACCAAAGAAUUCCUCCCCACAGCCGAAGAACUAGUGAAGAAAGCAGAUGAAGCGAGUGGCGCGGGAAACAAGCAAGAAGCGAUAGAUCUGUACCUACGAGCCUGUGCCGUCUAUCGAAUCGCCCGCUUCCCCUACAUCAACAGUGACGUCAAAACCGCCGCCUACGAAGCCCAAAAGAAAGCCUACAUGAAAGGCGCAGCAUUAUGGGAUGUCCCAAUAGAAGAUAUGUCCAUCCCCCACACAGCCGGCACAGCCAAGGAUGAAGGGAAAGAGAUCCCACUUUACCUCCGGUUGCCAAAGAACACCUCGAAGGAGAAGCCAGCGCCCGCUGUGCUAUUAAUGUGCGGCCUAGAUGGCCACAGACCCGACAACACCACCCGCAGCGACGAAUUCCUCUCCCGAGGCUGGGCAAGCAUCAUCGUCGACAUCCCCGGCACAGCCGACUGCCCCGCCGACCGCCGGGACGCCGCCUCCCCUGAUCGUCUCUGGACCAGUAUCCUCGACUGGAUGGCCCAGCAGCAAAUCUACGACAUGUCUCACAUCAUCGCCUGGGGCCUCUCAGCCGGCGGCCACAACGCCGUCCGCGCCGCGCACACCCAUGCUUCGCGCCUCGCGGGCGCCGUGGGCCAGGGGGCCGGGACCCAUCAUUUCUUCUCCCGCGCUUGGUUGGAGAAGGCGAAGGAUCACGAGUACCCUUGGACGGCCCUCCCAGCGCUCACGGCGAAAUUCGGCUAUAAAUCCGAGGACGAAUUCAUGGAUCAUGCGCAGAAGGAUUUCUCGCUUGUGGAGUUGGGGGUUGUGGAGAUUCCGGCUACGAGACUCUUGUUGAUCAAUGGGACGCAUGAUGGACUUAUGCCGAUUGAGGAUAGUAUGUUGAUGAUGGAGUAUGGGACGCCGAAGGAGGCGAGGUUUUUCACGGGACUCUUGCAUAUGGGGUAUCCGCCGGCGAAUGGGAGUGUUUAUCCUUGGAUGGAGCAGGUGAUGGGGUCAUUGAAGGCGGCGGGCAAGUGCAUUAAUCAGAAGACUAAUGAGCAUUGA